AUGCGCAUACACAACAAAUCGGACAACAGUCAUCAAGUCAUUGUCUCUAAUAACACGAAUGACGCGGCCAGUCUGAGUGGUGGUAGCGAUGCACAUCCGCCGCCACCUCGUCCCGACAAUCGCCGAGUCUCUGUUGCCCAGGUGCCCGCGGGCACGACACCGUCAAACGAGUAUGCCUUUACCGCUCCCUUCUCGGACUUGGAGGCGGGCUUGGCAUGGCCAGAUGCCGAACAGCUGCUCCAGACUAUUAUAUCGUCUGACUGGAAUUCCUUGACCCUGCCGCCAGAGACAUGGCCGGCCACGCAUUCGACCGCCGGCGUGGUUCCCGAUGCCCAGAUAGAUCCUAGGCUGCAAGAGACUCAUGUCAACUCGACCCACAAUGGGGAAUCACACAUGGCAAUCCAAAGUCUCAGCAACAUGAUCACGAAUGUGUCGAGCCGCGUCACAAACGCUGUCGAGACGUUACCUGACUUGAACCCGGCCUUCUUGAACAACUGCCUACAGACCUACUUCACUCGCUUCAACCCAACAUUCCCAGUCCUGCAUAGACCGACUUUUGUGUUCAAAGAGUGCUCUCCUAGUCUCUUGUUGAACGCCAUUGCCCUUGGCUCUCUGUUCAUUGGCACAGAAGAUGCCGUGUCAAAGGGAGAGGCUUUGUGGCGUUUGGCUUAUACCGCCGUGUCAACAUCUUGGCAAAGCUUUAUGGCCCAUCGAGGAGCUUACGAUUCUAGAAGCGGGUUCCAGCUUGUGUUGACGGCACUUCUGGGCCAGACGUAUGCGAUGCUAUCCAAGAAUGAAAGCCUCCGAGUGACAAGCCAAAUAUACCACAGCUUGAGUUUUAAUUGGGCAAGACAUUGCGGCAUGUUUGACCUGGACGGCGCUGCUCCGUUCAAUCUUCCGGAUCCGAAUGAUCGAGAUGGGCUCGUACGAGGCUGGAAAUUAUGGGUGUCAAGAGAGCUGCAGUCUCGCGCCCUUCUUGGACACUACAUUUUAGACGGGCAGCUGUCCUUCAUGUCGGGCCAACCAACUUCUGUGGUGCACACUGCGAAUCCGCUCAUGAUGUCGAGCAACUCUCGACUCUUCGAUGCUCAGACUGCUGAUGAGUGGUUUUCUGAGAUGAAGGUCGUGGCAGUGACCUCAACCUCUUUCCAGGAUGUCUAUGGUGCCCUGUUUCAACCGCCAGCUCUUGACCCUGCUCUCGGCGGGAGCUCGCAUCUAUGGAAUGUUCAGUCACACAUUGAUCUUCGCGUUAUUCUCGAAGGCGUUCAUGCACUGAUCCGUGAAACGCAAGAUCCGCUCUACGUUCCCACCAUCUGGCGACCGCCGUCCUCGUCUGAUAUCAGCAAUGCUCUUCUGCAGAUUCGACGCCAUCUAGAAGUAGGAUGGUCCCAGAAUUCGGUCGAAAAGCUCGGUCUCCUCAUGAGAUGGCAUCUAUGCUGCCUAGACGCAGUGGUGAAACUGACGGCUACGAGUAAAGAUUUGUGCCGUCUAUAUCAAAUCCCACAAAACUUGUUCCAAGUCGAAAAUUCUCAGCAAGCACAACCUGCUGUGAUGGAUUGGAAUGUCGACUCCUUUGACGCGAAGCGCGCAUUACUUCAUGCUACUGCCAUUCAGGACAUUGCCGCACAAUUACCCCUUAGUCAGGUCAACUCAAUGUGGAUGCCAAUACCCAUCUUUGCAGCAGCCAUGGUUUCAAUACUAUUUUGUCUCAAUGGAGUGUCAACAGUGACCGUACCUUACACAGUCGACUGGAGCGUUGUACUAGAUGCAGUGGACCCGACGACCGGCCACGAUAAUUACGAGGAUAGCGGGCGCAGUAAAACACAAAUGUUCUUUGCCUCUAAUAUUCAAUCGCCAACAUCGGCAAUUGGACUGGCGCGAAAUUUACGAUACGAACUCAAUUCGCUGCAAACAAUUAUCCACGGAUUAUCGGUGCAGUGGGGCGUGUGCGUUGAAUUGGAACAGGUACUUCAGACUUUGAAGGCACACUGUCCAUGA